AUGAUCCUCGCCACCAUCAUCGCCAACUGUAUCGUCCUGGCCUUGGAGCAGCACCUGCCUGGAGAGGACAAGACCCCAUGUCCAAGAGACUGUAGAGAAAAGACAGAGCCUUACUUCAUUGGGAUGUUCUGCUUUGAAGCUGGGAUUAAAGUGGUGGCGUUGGGAUUUGUAUUCCAUAAAGGCUCCUACCUGAGAAACGGCUGGAACAUCAUGGAUUUCAUUGUGGUUCUGAGUGGGAUUCUGGCCACAGCGGGAGCUCACAUGAACAUCCCAGUGGACCUGCGGACCCUGAGGGCCGUCCGUGUGCUCAGACCCCUCAAACUGGUCUCUGGAAUCCCCAGCCUGCAGAUAGUCCUGAAAUCCAUCAUGAAAGCCAUGGUGCCGCUGCUGCAGAUCGGCCUUCUACUCUUCUUCGCCAUUCUCAUGUUUGCCAUCAUCGGCCUGGAGUUCUAUAGUGGGAAGCUUCACAACACCUGUCUGCCCAUGCCCAAUAUCCUGGAGAAUGAGACGGUGGACAAGUCUGAGUCAGAGUUCCCGUGUGGGGUGAGGAAGUGCCCUGACAAGUACACCUGCCGUGACACCUGGAUCGGCCCCAACGACGGCAUCACCCAGUUUGACAACAUCCUGUUUGCUGUGCUCACUGUCUUCCAGUGCAUCACCAUGGAGGGCUGGACCACUGUGCUCUACAACACCAACGAUGCUUUAGGCCCCACGUGGAACUGCAUGUACUUCAUCCCUCUGAUAAUCAUCGGCUCCUUCUUCGUGUUGAACCUGGUAUUGGGAGUGCUCUCAGGGGAGUUUGCCAAGGAGAGGGAGCGGGUGGAGAACCGCAGGGCGUUCAUGAAGCUGCGGAGGCAACAGCAGAUUGAGAGGGAACUCAAUGGCUACCGGGCCUGGAUCGACAGAGCAGAGGAGGUGAUGCUUGCAGAGGAUAAUAAGAAUUCAGGACCAUCAGCUCUUGAUGUGCUGAAGAGGGCCACAAUCAAGAGGAGAGGACUGGACCAGCAGUAUGGUGACAUCUCUUCUGUGGGUGAGUGUGUGUGACUCUCCCCUCUAGGCAUCCCGAUGGCCAGAGCCAGCAUCAGAAGUGCUAAAAGAGGACCCAUGGCUUAUUUGAAGCGUAAGGAGCGUCUGCUGCGUAUCUCUAUCCGCCGCAUGGUGAAGACACACAUCUUCUACUGGACCGUACUGGGCCUGGUGGCCCUCAACACACUCUGUGUUGCCAUCGUCCAUCACAACCAGCCCCACUGGCUGUCUGUGUUCCUCUACUAUGCAGAGUUCCUCUUCCUGGGUCUGUUUCUCACUGAGAUGUGUUUAAAGAUGUACAGCCUGGGACCCAGACUCUACUUCCACUCCGCCUUCAAUCGCUUCGACUGCGGAGUGAUAGUGGGCAGCAUCUUUGAGGUGAUGUGGGGAUUCUUCAGGCCUGGAAUGUCCUUUGGCAUCAGUGUGCUGCGUGCUCUCCGUCUGCUGAGGAUAUUCAAGAUCACCAAGUACUGGGCGUCACUGAGGAACCUGGUGGUAUCCCUGAUGAAUUCUAUGAAGUCCAUCAUCAGCCUCAUUUUCCUCCUCUUCCUCUUCAUCCUGGUCUUUGCUCUGCUGGGCAUGCAGCUCUUUGGUGGCAGGUUCAUCUUUGAAGACUACACUCCUACAAACUUUGAUACUUUUCCUGCAGCCAUUAUGACUGUAUUUCAGAUCCUGACAGGAGAAGACUGGAAUGAGGUGAUGUACAAUGGGAUCCGCUCCCAGGGAGGAGUGAAGUCAGGAAUGUGGUCCUCCAUAUACUUCAUUGUGCUCACACUCUUUGGUAACUACACGCUGUUGAAUGUUUUCUUGGCCAUCGCUGUGGACAAUCUGGCCAAUGCCCAGGAACUAACCAAGGAUGAAGAGGACGAAGAAGCUGCUUUCAAUCAGAAACAUGCGCUCCAGAAAGCAAAGGAAGUAGGGGCCAUGUCUUCCCUGAUGUCAUCAGAGAGGGAGAGGAGUAGACGGAUGACCAUGUCUGUGUGGGAGCAGAGAACCAGUCAACUGCGCAGGCACCGGCAGAUGUCCAGCCGAGAGAUCCUCUUCAGCAGCCCCAGUGAUGAGCAGGAAGCGCCCCCUGGCUGCCCCCACCACCUCAAAGCCACAGGCACACCCACAGGCAGCCUGAAGCUGGCUGAUCCCACAGCUGACCCUACAGCCUUCACAGCUGAGCCCCCCAAGCCCAUGGACAUGCCCCUAGAGGAACCAGCCUUGUCCAUGGGUGUUCCUGAGCCCCCCUUAUCCAGCCCUUUAGCAGAGCCACCCAUACCCACUGACACGCCCCUGCCUGACCCCCCCACGUCCACAGCUGUGUUCAUACCGGAGCCUACAGAAUCUGAGCCAUGCCCCGAGGGCAAGCUUGGCAUCCCCAACCACUGCCACCAAGGCCUCAAUGGCCGCUGGAGCCCCAGGUUGAAUCGGGAGAGAAGGCAGAGAGCGGUGCGUAAGUUCCGCCCUCCUGCUAGUGACACACUGACCACUGACAUGGCAGGCAUGAGGCUCAGGAGGCCACAGGGCACAGGGCACCGUGAGGCUCAGGCUGGGGCCAGAGGUCUGGACUCGCCCCAGUCGGAGGGCAGCAGUCGCUGUGUCAGCAUGGAGAGGAAGACCCCAGAGGACCCAGUGGAGGAGGUGAGGAAAGACGGUAACGAGGGAGAAACCAGCCAGCCUUCUGAGACCAGGGAGGCUGAACACAGACAGGGGGACCCUGACCAGACUGGGGGUCCUGAGCUGCAGAACAGGGAGGAGGGUCCACAGUCAGAACCACCCACCCUGCAGCCAUCUCAGGCUGCAGUACUGGAGCUACCAGAGGGACCCACAGGAGACAGUGAGACCGAUAGCAACGCCACCACUCUGAAUCAGUCCCCUCUGAGCUCCAGUAUCGCCAUCGAGGUGACCGAUGUUCAGUUGUCACUAGAGCUCACCCCCAUCACAGGCAACAGUAAAGACGUGGAGGCAUCCAAGCCUGAGAAGGACGAGGAGGAGGUGGCCAGCCCAGUCAAUACUGUCACACCUGACAGCAUGUUCAUCUUCAAACCUGGCAACCCAAUCCGCCGGGCCUGUCACUAUGUGGUGAACCUGCGUUACUUUGAGAUGUGCAUCCUGCUGGUAAUCGCUGCCAGCAGUAUCGCCCUGGCUGCAGAGGACCCCGUGUCAGCCACCUCCGACUGGAACAAAGGAUUGUGCCUGCGUCUGUGCCUGAUGCUGUCUCCGACAGGUAUCGCUGAUCUCACAGAGGGACAUUCAUAUAUUUGUCUACUUUUUACCCCACAGGUUUUGCGUUACUUUGACUACGUGUUCACAGGUGUCUUUACCUUUGAAAUGAUAAUGAAGAUGAUAGACCAGGGCUUGAUUCUCCAUGACGGCUCCUAUUUCCGGGACCUGUGGAACAUCCUGGACUUUAUCGUGGUGGUCGGAGCUCUGGUGGCCUUCGCCCUCACGAAUGUGCUGGGAAAUAAUAAAGGACGGGACAUCAAAACCAUUAAGUCUCUUCGGGUGCUGCGCGUCCUGAGGCCCCUGAAGACCAUCAAGAGACUACCGAAACUCAAGGCAGUGUUUGACUGUGUGGUGACCUCGCUGAAGAACGUCUUCAACAUCCUCAUCGUCUACAAGCUCUUCAUGUUCAUCUUCGCUGUCAUCGCUGUGCAGCUGUUCAAGGGGAAGUUCUUCUACUGCACCGACGGAUCCAAAGACACAGAGAAGGACUGCCAAGGCUUCUACAUCGACUAUGAGAAAGACAAGAAGGAGGUGAAGAGGAGGGAGUGGAGGAGACAUGACUUUCACUAUGACAACGUAGUCUGGGCCCUACUCACUCUGUUCACCGUCUCCACUGGGGAGGGCUGGCCACAGGUCCUGCAGCACUCUGUGGACGUGACAGAGGAGGACAGAGGACCAAGCCAGGGCAACAGGAUGGAGAUGUCAAUCUUCUAUGUCAUCUACUUUGUGGUCUUCCCCUUCUUCUUUGUCAACAUCUUCGUGGCUCUCAUCAUCAUCACCUUCCAGGAGCAGGGAGACAAGAUGAUGGAGGAGUGCAGCUUGGAGAAGAAUGAGAGGGCUUGCAUUGACUUUGCCAUAAGUGCCAAACCCCUGACCCGCUACAUGCCCCAGAACAGACAGACGUUCCAGUAUCGCCUCUGGCACUUUGUGGUCUCCCCCUCCUUUGAGUACACCGUGCUGGCCAUGAUUGCACUCAACACCAUUGUCCUGAUGAUGAAGUAUUACUCAGCCCCACCAAUGUACGAGGCUGUGCUGAAACACCUGAACACAGCCUUCACUGUGCUCUUCUCUGUGGAGUGUGUCCUCAAGAUCAUGGCCUUUGGCUUUCUGAACUACUUUCGAGACACUUGGAAUAUAUUUGACUUCAUCACGGUUUUGGGCAGCAUCACAGAGAUAGUGGUAGACCAAAUAAACUGUAUACAUAGUGCUAGUGUUGCUCUCAUCUCCCUUUAGUCAAUUGAGACCUUCAACAUGGGUUUCCUGAAGCUGUUCCGAGCUGCUCGACUAAUCAAGCUGUUGAGGCAGGGCUACACCAUCCGCAUCCUGCUCUGGACCUUUGUCCAGUCCUUUAAGGCUCUCCCCUACGUCUGUCUGCUCAUUGCCAUGCUCUUCUUCAUAUAUGCAAUCAUCGGAAUGCAGGUUUUUGGAAACAUCAGGCUGGAUGAGGAGACUCACAUCAACCAACACAACAAUUUCAAGACCUUCUUUGGUGCUUUGAUGUUGCUAUUCAGGAGUGCCACGGGGGAGUCGUGGCAGGAGAUCAUGCUGUCGUGUUUAGGGGGGCAGAAGUGUGAGCCAGACCCCUUAGCUCUAACGUCAGACCAUGAGGAGCGCUGUGGAACUGAGUUUACCUACUUCUACUUUGUCUCCUUCAUCUUCUUCAGCUCAUUUCUGAUGCUGAAUCUGUUUGUGGCUGUGAUAAUGGACAACUUUGAGUACCUAACCCGGGAUUCCUCCAUCUUGGGGCCUCAUCAUCUGGAUGAGUUUGUUCGUAUCUGGGGUGAAUAUGACCGAGCUGCUUGCGGGCGUAUUCAUUACACUGACAUGUACGAGAUGCUGACUGACAUGUCGCCACCUCUAGGCCUCGGCAAGAAAUGUCCCUCCAAAGUGGCUUAUAAGAGGCUGGUGCUGAUGAACAUGCCCGUGGAUGAGGAGAUGUCUGUUCACUUCACCUCCACCCUCAUGGCCCUGAUCCGAACUGCCCUGGAGGUCAAAAUAGCCAGAGGAGGGGAGGACAGGGGGCAGAUGGAUUCAGACCUACAGAAGGAGAUCAGUGUCAUCUGGCCACACCUUUCUCAGAAGACGCUAGACCUGCUCGUCCCCAUCCACAAAGCCAAUCAUAUGACCAUUGGGAAGAUCUACGCAGCCAUGAUGAUCAUGGACUACUACAAGCAGAGCAAAGCCAAGAAGCUCAGGCAACAGCUGGAGGAGCAGAAACACGCUCCCAUGUUCCAGCGUAUGGACGCAUCCUCUCUGCCUCAGGACAUCCUCUGCAGUGCCAAAGCCCUCCCCUUUAUGACCCACAGCGCUGGAUCUGCCCUGACCAGAGGAGGUUUUGUGGCCUUGAGUCCCAUCUCCCCCCAGGAGAUGUUCAUGCAGCCCAUGUCCCAGGACCUGGAGGACAAAGAGGAGGACUACCACCACUAUCACCACCACCACCACCACCAACUCCACCACCAGCUCCACCACCAGCUCCACACUCUGGUUGGGACAGACAGCAGCAAAUUGAUGAAACGCUCCUUCUCCACUAUUGGUGAUCAGUGCGUGAAUGGGCUGUGGCAGGAGGAGUACUCUCUGGAGAGGGUCAGUUCUGACCGUCUGUACAGACCACGACAGAGGAGCAUCAGAGGCAUCAAGUCCAACCUCAGGGAACCAGUGGAUCAAGAGCGGGGGCGCUCCAAAGAGCGGCGCCACCUGCUGUCUCCCGACGUGUCCCGCUGCAACUCUGAGGAGCGUGGCCAGGACCCGUCACAGGAACGCAAGCAGGCCCGCUCCCCCAGCGAGGGACACACAAAUGUCCUCCAUAGACAGGGGGACACUUCAGGCAGUCCAGGCCCAUCUAACUCUGAGUCCAGCGCCCCAUGUGGCCGGCGCCAGCUCCCCCAGACGCCAUCGCGGCCACGCCCUCACAUCUCCUACUCCCCACUGAUAUGCCGAGCCCACCCCUCCCCCCCCGAUGCCAGCGAGGGCAGAGCCUGGACUCAGGAGGCCCCCGGAGAGACGGAGGAGCCCUCGUGGAGGGAGGAAGGGGAGAGGCCAGCCCAGGUGGCAGGAGUAGGAUUGGGGGUGGGGGUGGUAGUAGGGGUGAGUGGCCCAGGGUUAGGGGUCAGUCACCCACACGCCUCCCCUCACCGGUACAUCUCGGAGCCAUACCUGCCCCUGCACGAGGAUUUCCACAGCCCAGACUCCUCAGGCCUGGAGGAGACUCUGACCUUCGAGGCGGCCAUUGCAACCAGUCUGGGUCGAGCCAACACCAUCAGCUCUGCCCCCCAGCUCAGACACAACUGGCAGGUCCCCAACGGACAUUUACAUAAACGCCUGGGUCAGGCCAGCUCUGUGGCCGCCUGCGAGCUCCUGUGUGACACCGACGACGAUGACCACUGUUAGGGCCGGGACUGGGAGAGGAAGAGGAAGAGGAGGAUGAUGGACAGCAAAACUUGGGCUGGGGUCCUCAGUCUGAAGUAUGCUGUCAGGGCGUAUACUGAGCGUGCAUCUGUCUGUGUGUGUAUCUGUGUGUUUGUAGGAGUGCAAUAUGUUUGCCAAAUCAAUAAGACAGGGAAGAUAUGGGGAGUGCACUGCUGGCGUACAGUGCAAAAGUUCACCAGUUGCAUUUUGAUUGUUGUUUGAACAAAGUCGGAUAACUCAAACUGGGGAAAAUGUACAGUUGAAGUCGGAAGUUUACAUACACCUUAGCCAAAU